CGAUGGGGAAUAGAAGAGCGGUUUCCGAAUCCUUUUGAAGUUGGGCAACCAUUCCAAAUUAGGAUACUUGUACUAGAGAAUUAUUUCAAAGACAUCAAAACAAUUUUUGUAAACGGGAACAUUCGGGUGGACUACAUCGAAUUUCAACCACCAUUGAUUCCCUUCUCAUGGACGUUCCCGGAAGAAAUGUAUGGUUUUGUCAGCCCUCAGUCAAUACGAUUUACCCUUACUCCAUUCAUGAGUGCUAGACAGUUCACUUGUAAUCUCAAGAUGGGAGAUGAAUGGAUAUUCCAUUUUCGGGUGGACUUUCGAAAUUCGGGUGAUAAACACAGCAAGGACGUGGUGAUCCGAAACAGUACUAAAAAUGGUAGAUGGCAAGUUGAAGAAAGAGAAACUUCUAAUUUCCCAUUUUCCAAAGGACUAACUUCCGAUAUCCUUUUCACCGCAUAUGGGUCAAGUUUAGCUGUAGAUGUCGACGGAGCACAUUUUGUGAAGUUCAACUACAGACCUGGCGAUGAUCCUUCGAAGAUAGAUAAAGUGACUGUAGUUGGCGACUGUGUUCUACAGCGAUUUGUACAUCGUACCUGGGAAGAGAUCACACAUUUGUAAAC